CUUCACCCAAUCUCGACCACUUUCCCAUUGAUUUCGGACGUCCAUGGCGAAGCUCCGCUUCCUCCUCCUCGUCUCCCUCGCCGUCGCCGCGGCGUUCGCGUUCGCGGCCACGGACGACGACGGCGCGGCGGCAGCGGCGGAGGCGUCGGACCCGGAGAACAAGUGCGUGUACACGAUAUACGUGCGGACGGGGUCGAUCUGGAAGGGCGGGACGGACUCGGUGAUCGGCGUGACGCUGCUGGGCUCCGACGGCUCCGGGGUGCGGAUCCGCGACCUGGAGCGGUGGGGCGGCCUGAUGGGCAGCGGCCACGACUACUUCGAGCGGGGCAACCUCGACAUCUUCAGUGGCCGCGGGCCGUGCAUGCGCCAGGCGCCGUGCCGGAUGAACCUCACCUCCGACGGCUCCGGCCCGCACCACGGCUGGUACUGCAACUACCUCGAGGCCACCGUCACGGGCCCCCACCUCGGCUGCGCGCAGCAGCUCUUCACCGUCGAGCAGUGGCUCGCCACCGACGCCUCGCCCUACCGCCUCUACGCCGUCGUCGACAACUGCAACAAGGUCAAGGACGUCCCGGGCUCCUCCGCCGCCGACGCCGACGAGCCGAGGGUCACCGUGCUGUAAACUGUAAACAAUACUUUGGAUUCUAUUCCCGCGUAAAUUAUGUACUAUAUAGCUUGAGGGAUGAUCUGCUGCUUGUGCGUUUCUGCGAGCCGAUCUCCUUUUGUUUUUACCCUGAGGGAGAUGAGGUUUCUUAAAAUCAUAUUAUUAUUAUUAUUAUUAUCAGCUAAUAAAUCCAGCAUUGGAUUGCUCAUCGGACAAACUGGUGCUCAGUUUCCUCGGUCUCAGUUGGUAUCAUGUCAGCAUCGCUCCAUUCACAAAUUCAAUGUGGUAUUUGUUUGAUAUUUCUGACGUGUAUACACUGUGUCGAUAUAAUAU